CCGGAGUCGGCUUAGACGUAAAGGUCCACAGCGGCUUCAAAGAAUCACUGGAAGAGUACGUCAUUCCAACUUGGUUCGACCAGUUUUUUUUUUUGCUCAAGAUGUAUAGCACGGCCGAGAAUGUUCUUUCAUACGUGAGAAUUGUCAUGUCGACGUACUCCACAAACACUGUCACUGUCGUCGGACAUUCUCUCGGAGCGCUAUCGCUUCUUGAUGAUGUUUUUCUCAACUUGCAACUUCCCUCAGUAUCUGUAUCGGUGAUCAGCUACGCGCCAGGCCUCCUAAUCCUUCUCAGGCUGGCCACCCCACAAGCGCUUCCUCAGUCCUGCAAUUGAACGUUAUGUCCCGGAACGAUGGGAAGUAGAGAUCUCCGGAAAUCUAUACUAUCUUAGAGCUUCACAACGUCCUACUCUUCGCGGUUUUCUUAAAUGUCAUUUUGUGCUGAAUACGAACCAAGACUCAAUGUGUAAAUUGCUUUCGGCUAUAUUAUUAUCGAAGCAUGGAUUGAUACUCCUGGCGCGUGUCUAUCAACGUGACUAGCAUCUGGUUAGCUCUUAUAAAUUUGUGAGAUGUUUUCCCAUCCUUUUCUUCCCUCGGAGACUUCUCGUCAUGGUCCGUUUGUUGGCUGUUAUGAUCUUUGACAGCACAAUGAUGUCCUGUAGGUCAGGACAACCCGGAU